AUGUCUUCUACAUCAUCAUCACGUACAGGUGCAGAAGUCGUGGCAAAGACUCUUAAAGGGCAAGGGGUUGAUGUAGUCUUUGGGAUCGUUGGAAUCCCUGUAGUUGAGGUCGCGGAGGCGAUAAUUGCUGAAGGAAUAAAAUUUAUUGGAUUUAGAAAUGAACAAUCGUUGAGUUAUGCUGCAGGAGCAUAUGGAUAUCUCACUGGUCGCCCUGGCGUUUGCUUAGUUGUAUCAGGUCCGGGAGUAGUACAUGCCAUGUCAGGAAUAGUAAAUUCACAAAUUAAUUGUUGGCCAAUGUUAUUAAUUGGUGGAUCAUCUCAUACAUAUCAAGAAGGAUUAGGAUCAUUUCAAGAAUUUGAUCAAGUAAAAUUUUGUCAAUCAAACACCAAAUAUUCAAUUAGACCACCAUCAAUUUCACAAAUUCCUCAAUUUAUUGAUAGAGCAAUUAAAAUUUCUAUGUAUGGUAGACCUGGACCAGUUUAUUUUGAUCUUCCAGCAGAUUUUAUUCAAGGAUCAAUUUCUUUUAAUUUAUUAAAUUUUCCUGAACGUAAAGCAUUUGAUCCACCUAAAUCUUUAGCAGAUUUAACUAGUAUCAAAUUAGCUAUUGAAUUAUUAUCAAAUGCCAAAAGACCAUUAAUUAUUGUGGGUAAAGGAGCUGCUUUUGCUAGAGCGGAACAAGGAAUUAAAGAAUUUAUUGAAAAAACGGGAAUUCCUUUCAUUCCUACACCUAUGGGUAAAGGAGUAAUGUCGGAUACACAUCCAUUAUGUAUGGCGGCCGCUAGAUCUAAAGCUUUAGUUGAAGCCGAUGUGAUAUUACUUUUAGGAGCUAGACUUAAUUGGAUUUUACAUUUUGGUUUACCACCUAAAUUUGAUAAAAAUGUUAAAUUUAUUCAAGUUGAUAUAUAUCCUGAAGAACAUUUUAAUAAUUCUCAAAUACAAGUAUCAUUAUUUGGUCAUUUAUCAUUAGUAAUGACACAAUUAAUUGAAAAUCUUCCAAAUUCAUUUAAAUAUCCAGCAAAUUCAGAAUAUCUUCAAUCCUUGAAACGAAAAGUAUCUCAAAAUCUUGAUCUGAGUAAUAAAAAAUUUCAAGAGGAUUCAAUUCCCAUGACAUAUCAUCGAGCAUAUUGGGAAAUAAAAAAAAGGUUACCACAAAAAGAUUUAGUAUUUGUUAGUGAAGGAGCAAAAACCAUGGAUUUAGCAAGAACAAUUUUUGAUAUGCACGAACCACGUUGUCGAUUAGAUGCUGGUACUUUUGGAACUAUGGGAAUAGGAAUAGGAAGUGCGAUUGCUGGUUUUGAUCUCAAAACUUAUAAUUCUAUACCUAUCAAUAAUUUACCAUCCACCGCUUUAUUACCAAAUGUGAGAUAUGAUUUAAUUGCUGAUGCCGCAGGAGGUAAAGGAUAUUUUGUGAGGACACCCAAAGAAUUAGGUGAUGCUUUGGAUGAUGCUUUAUUAAAAUUAUUAGAAUAUAAAUGUGUGGUAAUUAAUGUCAUGGUACAACCACAAAGUGAAAAAACGGGAUUUGCUUGGGUGGAAUCAACUAAACCUAAAUUAUAA